AAAUAUUGAAGUGAUUCUUUGAUUCGCAAUACAAAUGAGAGCGUUUCAAAUGAAAUGAUUUUGAAAAACUCCUGGAAAUAUUUUUAUUAUAACAAAAUGCAGCUUAUGUUGCUAAUGACAUGCAUUAUUGGAAUUUUUGAUAGCAAUCAGGCACAGCAAGUUCCACAAAGAUUUCUACAACCUGAAAUUGAUUACAGUCCUUGGAAUCCAAUUGACAUCAUCAGCCAUCAAUUUCCUCUUGAAAUUAAAAACAACAAGGCUCGAUCAAUUUCAGCUUCAGCUUCACAGCCAAUUUUCUUGCCACGAGAUUCAAUUCCAAGAAAUCGAAAUCAAAAACUGCAAAUUACCAGCAAUUCGAAAGGGUUAAGAAGAAGAAAUUUUGAAACUUCACAAGACACUGUCGAGAAGAAAAUUGAAGAGAAAGUCACAACGCCGAAAUCUUCUUUCAAGAGACGACGAACGUCAAGUGCAAGUCCAUUGGAGAACGUAAAAUCCGAGAAAGUUACGAGUAGGUUUAAAACAACGCAUAAAAUUCCUACGCAAACAGAAACAACAACAGUAAAAUCGAGACGUCAGUUUACUCCCCGGUCUACUUCUGAGAGUAUUUCAAUCACGACUCAGCCGUCUGUCUCAUCAUCAACAAAAACUGCUGUACAAAGAAAUCCCUUAAAGCGUGGAAAUUUUCGUCCAAAACUUGCAGAAAAAAGUGUGGCAAAAGAUGAAGACGACGAUGAUGAUGAAAAUUAUCCGCCACACUUUAAAUUGCUGUUAAAGAAAAAAGUAGCAAAUUCUGAAAAUAGUAAAAACCUCGUUCAAAAACCUUUGAAAUCGUCUCGCCCAUCAAUUACUAAUAAAUCAAACAACUCUUCAAAUUACACGGCUUCUAAGACAAAUGUUCUAUUCCCUACAAGGUCAAGAUCAUUUCCAAGGCCAACCUUAACAACAUCAGCUCCAUCAGAGGCCAUCUGGUCAUCAACUAGAAUCCCUCCAGUAACACCAAAACGAAAUUUACGUCGACCAAGGCCGACUGAACGCACAAAGCUUAACGUCGGAAGUACAUUACAGGAACCACCAACAGUAAAGCCAACUGCAAGUUAUGAUACAAAAUCUCAUGUGAAUAAAGAAGUUAAUGAAGAAUCAGCAAAUAAAAAAACGCGAACCGAUGAAGUGAAGCAAAUCGACCCAACACUUCGUGGAUAUUUUCCUCGUAAGAGUGCUAUUGGGUCAUCCUUGACGCAUUCGAAACGAUUAAAGAACUCAGAUGUAGCAUUGAAGGCAAACAAGGCUCCAAGUUAUGAACCGACUGUGCCCUCGAUAACAACUCCACUGGCAAUGAAUGAUGGAUGGGAUUACUCGGUUAAACAUGCAAAGCAUUAUGGUAGUGGAAGUCAGAUGAAAAUUAUGUCGCCAUGGAACAAUCAAUCUGUUGUUCAACCACAAAGGACAUUCCAUGGAUAUCGGGGUCUGUUAUUUAAUUAUUCUUUCUAUCCUGAUAUCAACUCAGAUAUUGAGCAUGACCGUUGGAGAGAAGUUCUUCCAUUUGCAGCUGAAUUGGUUCACUUGCCACUUGAUGCUGAUAUAAUGACACAGUCGCCAUCACAAACUGUUUCAAUCUACGAAGCAUUAGCUGAGAUUCUUUCGAAACCAACUGAAAGUUUAAGUUAUUCUGAUAGUAAAAGCACAGUUCGCACGCUUUUCUCUGAGGCACCAAUUUCUAGCACAACAGCUUCAACCACCACAACAACAUCAACAACCACAACAACAACAACACCUCUGCCAACUACGACAGAGAUCAGUGAAGAGUUAAAGGUAGAAAACGCUACUUCAAAUCGUCUUGAUUACAUUCAAAGUGAGAACACAAGCCACAUCAUUGGAUUGCUUCAGAAGCUGAAAAAUGAAACGGAUUUAUUGGUGAAGACACCAAAUAUUUUCAGUUUAGCUAAGAAACCAUCAAAUCAUCAUCACGAUGAUGAAAAUUUCUCAUUUUCUGGAAUUGAUCCAGUGAUUAAUCAAAUCAACUCAAUGUCUGAAGAACCCUUGAAAGUAUCAACAGCUAGUGUGAGAAAUAUUGAUAAAAUCGAAUUCGAAUCAACAUUUUUGCCAACGACCACACCUGAUAAUUUAGCGAAAAGUGUCACAAUAUUUCCAAAUGGCGAAGACAGUUCAUCUGACAUCUUCAACAAUGAAAUAUUUGACUUCAACAAUGAAAUAUCAUCAACGUUAGACCCAAAUUUGAAAUUCAAAACAUCAGUUGAAUAUUCUACAAGUGUUUCUAGUUUUUCUGCAACGCCAACAAAAACGACUUCUAAGGAACCGACUUCAUCAAUCCCAACUACAACGGAAAAGUUUAUUGAGACUACUCCCGUGACAACUUCUACAACUUUCACAACGCCAAUAACAUCAACUGAAAAUUUUAUUGAAAAGAAUUUUAAAUUACUUCAAGAACUCUUGUCAACUCGAAGAGGUGCUGACAAUAAGUUAAUUACAAAUCAGAUAAAUACUGAGAUUAUAGCAGGAAGUUCAACAACAACCGAAUUUAAAUCAAUUGAAUUAACGACAGAACUUCGUCAACUUGCGGGCUUUUUAAAUCGACGCAAUCCAACAUUGGAACCAAGGCGACAGUCGACAACUACGCGGCCAACUACUACAACAACAUCGACGACUACAACUACAACAGAGAAGCCAACAACUACCUCAGAAGUUCGAGAGGUAACAACAAAAUUACCCACAACCUAUUCAGAUGCAGAUGAUCUUGCUUUUCUUAAUAGCUUGAGAAAUUAUGCUAAAAUCAUAAAUCUUACAACCGAGAGAUCAGCGAUAGCUAACAAAAUUUUGGAACUCGCUCUCAAUCGGACUGGGAAAAGUGUCACGUUUAAAAAUGAUCCCAAUAAUUUAAUUGGAUCUUCAAAGGCCUCUGUUUCUUCAGUGAUGCAAUCGCCUGAAUCAAUAAUAAAACAAAUAUCAGCAACUCGAGACAAUAUCAAUGUUAUGAAAGGAAUUCUUGAAGAAACUCAAAGAAGUGGUGCUUUAAGUCAAGCAGAGAUUGAAAGAACAAAACAAAUGCUUCAGAAGGACAUUUCUCAAUAUAACGCUGAUAUUAAACUUCUUUCAUUGCUGGUUGGAAAACAGUUCAACAAGGAUGACAUUUCAAAGCUCGCUUCAACAACUCGACAGCUGCCUAUAGCAAUUCUCGAAACAUCCACAAAAUCUUCAUCAAAUCCAUUUACUUUAACAUCGCCUUCGAAUUUUAAAACACUCACAGAUCAAGAAACUAAAUUCCUUAAAGCAUUACAACAAAUUCAAACAACAAAAUCUAUUGACACAACAACUACGACGACAACUGAAAAAACUCAAGGAGUUUCAAGAUCACAAGAAGCAAUUAUUGCAGCACUUUUGAAAGAACAAGGAAUCGGCCCAAACAAUCAAAUUCCAAUUGAAAAAAUUCUUGAGCGUUUGCCUUUAGAGGGAAACAAUAUUGUUCUGACAACGACGGAAACAACACUUCGACCUUUUUCACCAUUGCCACCAUUACGAAGACAACCUCGUCCUAUUAUUGAUGGUCUUGCAUGGCUAUGGAAAACAUGGCAAGAAACAGCACCAAGUGUUCGAACACAAAGACGACCCUCACAGCAACAACAACAGCAGCAACAGCAACAACAGACAUUAAGUGGACUCGAUGAUUUUAAUGAAUUUGAGUCUCAAGAUGAUAUUGCUGCAAGUUCUGAUUGGAGAGACGGAGGUGAAGCACCAACGGGUGGGGAUUCCUUAGGUUUUCCUGGAGGAAGUGGCUUUGGACAAGCAGCACCUUUGUUAGCUCAAGGUCUUCUCGGUGCUGCUUUGGGUUUCACAAGAGCAGUUACACAAUUUUUAGGUGUCGCUUUUGCUGGUGCAGGUCAAGCUUUCCAAUCAGCUAUAACUGGUGGAUCUGCUUUACCAUCGUCAGUCAACGGAGCUAAUCCUAACAAUUACUAUGGAUUCAGUGGAAGAUGAAAGACAAAUUAAGACUUGAAAAUUCUUUCAUCUAGUUUUAUGUGAAUUUCUGAGUGAAUGUCAUAGAGUAUAAUUUAUUUAUUUUAUCCGAUAGGAAAAACGAACAAUGAUUAAUUGGUCAGGUCAAUAGAAACUUGGGUAUGUUCAUAACCAUCAUCAUAUAAUUAUAAUUUCUAGUCUUUAAGGUGUACAAUAAUUGUUGUUGUUGCGCCACAAUAUUUGCAAUCCUUUUUUGUGCCAUUGUAAAAGGAUUGCCGACAGAGUUUUGAUGAUGAAAAAUAAAGUUAAAUUUAGAUUUUGUUUUUAAUUUUUCAAAA